AUGACGCCAGAGGUUUGGAGAAUUAACCGCGAGCGAGCUAUCGACUACUUAAACACUCGAAAUCGGAUUUAUGUCGUCGAUGGCUAUGCAGGAUGGGACCAGAAAUAUCAAAUAAAGGUUCGAAUCGUCUGUGCUCGUGCAUAUCACGCGCUGUUUAUGCGCAAUAUGCUCAUCCGACCAGAGCGUGAGGAUCUCGCACAGUUCCAGCCAAACUAUACCAUUUAUAACGCAGGAUCUUUUCCAGCCAAUCGUUAUACUUCUGGGAUGACCUCUGCUACUUCUGUUGCUAUCAAUUUUGCGGACAAGGAAAUGGUUAUACUAGGUACAGAGUAUGCCGGUGAGAUGAAGAAAGGUAUUUUUACAAUACUAUUUUAUGAAAUGCCCGUAAAGCACAACGUUCUCACCCUGCACUCUUCCGCAAACGAAGGAAAAGAUGGAGAUGUGACUCUCUUCUUUGGUCUUUCAGGAACUGGUAAAACAACUCUAUCUGCCGAUCCUCUACGAGCUCUUAUUGGUGAUGAUGAACAUUGCUGGAGUGAGAAUGGUAUAUUCAAUAUCGAAGGUGGUUGUUAUGCCAAGUGCUUGGGUCUUUCGGUCCAGAAAGAGCCCGAAAUAUUUGGUGCAAUUAAAUUUGGGGCCGUUCUAGAAAAUGUCGUGUUUAGUGCCGAAACUCGUUUUGUGGAUUACGAAGAUUCAACUUUGACGGAAAAUACACGCUGUGCUUAUCCAAUAGAACAUAUAGUUAACGCCAAAAUUCCCUGCGUAUCGAUUGAUCACCCAAGAAAUAUUAUCCUUCUGACCUGCGACGCAAGCGGUGUGCUCCCACCUAUUUCUAAGCUAAACUCGGCCCAGGUAAUGUUUCAUUUCAUAUCAGGCUACACCUCCAAGAUGACUGGAACCGAGGAUGGAGUCACAGAGCCACAAGCUACAUUUUCGGCAUGUUUCGCGCAGCCCUUUUUGGCAUUACAUCCCAUGCGUUAUGCAGAAAUGCUGGCUGAAAAGAUCGAGAAUCACAGAGCCAAUGCUUGGCUACUUAACACUGGUUGGGUUGGAGCGGCUGCAACUUCUGGAGGCCAGCGUUGCCCGCUCAAGUAUACUCGUGCAAUUUUGAGCGCUAUCCACUCGGGAGAACUGACAAAAGCUUCGUAUGAAACUUACGAAACAUUCAAUCUCGAGAUUCCCACAUCAUGUAGUGGUGUUCCUUCGAAUCUUCUGAACCCUAGGAAUGCAUGGACUGCUGGAGGUGAUAGUUUUGGCGAGGAGGUUGCCAGACUUGGCGCUCUAUUCAUUCAAAAUUUUGAGAAGUACUCUGGUGAGGUAGCAGAACUUGUCAAGUCAGCUGGGCCGAAGCUGUAG